ACCUUUCAUUUUCAAGCAUGUUAUAGACCCAGAAUAACACACAUGGUCACUCAAUUUUGACAUUGAAAACAUGGAUUUUUCAAAGUUAGACCCUUCUAAAAAAGAUGAAGUAAUGGACCAAGUAAAACAACAGUUAGCUUUGGCUAAUGCACAAGAGUUAUUGCAGAAAAUAUCAGAGAAAUGUUUUAAGAAGUGUGUAACCAAACCUGGAACAACUUUAGAUAGUUCAGAACAAAGAUGUGUAGCUAUGUGUAUGGACAGAUAUAUGGACUCUUGGAAUUUAGUAUCAAGGACAUUUAGUAAUAGAUUACAAAAAGAAGCUGGCAGAUUAUCCUGAUGUUAAUAUUUAUUAGUGUUGUGACUUUUUAUAUAAUUUGUAAUGUGAGUGGACAAAAUGUUGAUUUGUGCAAAUUGAGAGAGAGAGGGAGAGUGAGAGAAAAGUGAAGAAUUAGAUGAUCAUAAUAAAUGUUUUUUAUUUAAAAAAAGAAAAUUCUUUGCUUUUACUUUCACUUCAAGCCAAUUAACUUAGAUUUUAAGAAAUAAUGACUGGGAAUUCGUAACAUCAGUUGUCAUACCAUAAAUUUACAUUACAGUAUAAAUGGUUAAGAGUGGUGUGAAUUUUGACAGAGAAUUAAAUAAAUAUGUAUAUAUACACUAAGAGUUUCAUAUAAUAAAUCAGUUAUCAGAUCAUA